GAGGCGUGUGCGACUCUUUGUGGGCUGCACGAGUCCCUUGACCAGAGCGGCUACCAGCACAUCUUGGAGACUGGCAACGAAGAAAGCCUGGCGUCCUUCUUGCUGAGGCUGGCGGCGAGCCAGGGCAAUGACAUUUCAGAGGAAACUGAGUUCCUGAUUCAUCGUCUAGCCAGAGAAUGCUGGUGGGAGAAGAAGGAAUUUGGCGAAGUCAUGCUGUGUCUGGGCAUGCCUCUUUCCGGUGAUGUUGUUGAUUCGAGCCCCUCUACUGCCACCGACCUGAUGGAGAGGCUCAGCGGAACGCUUACUACUCUUCAGUCCGACAUUCUGCCACCUCCGUCGGAGGUUGCAGAGGAAGCAAAGACCUUGAGCUUCGUGGUGGAGCCCUCUGCAGGAAGUGCCAGGGGCGGGACGGCCAUUACUUGGAGACGUGAGCCAGUUCCAACCGAGUUGCGAUUUGGCGCUCGCCAU